AUGCCUGAAGAAUCCGGCAUGGAUGUUGGUCAACUGCAAGCUCUCAUGUCGAGUCUGCAAGCGAACGAACGUUGCUACACAAACACUUCGUCAUUUUUCAAUAAUGAGAACUUAUUUAUAAUAAUUAAACAUCUCAAUAUGAGUAGUAAAACUUAUGAAUAUCAGCUCCUCAACCAUCUCAAAGUCCACGGAACACAUCCACUAUUCAACAGGACAAAUGCAGCCGUGUUAUGGCAGUCGAAGUUGAAACGCGACAGGUAUUUUCCGUUCUUCAAAUGCGAGGCAGGCAGCAACAAAUGGGAUGUGCAGAAGUGCAGGUGA